UUCAGCUCUUCAGCUUUGGAAGUAGGGGCUGAGGUCCUGGGUGAACAUGUCAGCGAAUGAGAAAUCACCCCAGAGAUUUCCUGCCUUGAUUUCAGAAGAACCCAGCAGAUCAGCUGAGGUAAGAAGUAUCCCCCCCUCCCGCACCAUUUGUUUUUUUAUUUUAUUCUUUUUCUUCUUUUUCAAUGCUGGGGGUGAAGCCCAGGGCUAUAGGCAGGUUCCAGAAAUGCUCUACAACCCUGCUGCAUUCUUGGGCUUGUUGUUUCUUUAGCUAUUUUUUGUUUUGUUUUGUUUUUUGAGACAGGGUUUCUCUGUGUAACAGUCCUGGCUGUCCUGAAACUUACUCUAUAGGCCAGACUGGCCUCGAACUUACCAAGAUCCACCUGCUUCUGCCUUCCAAGUGCUGGGAUUAAAGGCAUGCGCUGCCGCCGCCGCAGCAGCCACCACCACCUGGCUUGUUUUGUUUUCAAGUAGAGCUCUGUUGUAGGAUAUUAGUACACUAUGUAAAGAUGUAUUGCUGUGAUUGGUGUAAAAAAAACUGAAUGGCCAAUAGCUAGGCAGAAGGUGUAAGUGGGACUUCCAGGCAGAGAGAGAACUCUGGGAAGAAGAAAGGUAGAGUUGCCAGACGGACACAGAGGAAGCAGGGUGGGAAGUAUGGAGAUGAGGUAAUGAGCCACGAGGAAGAACGUAAAUUAAAAAAAAUAUGGGUUAAGUUAUAAGAACUAGUCAGGAACAGGACUAAGCCAAAGCCGAGCUUUCAUAAUUAAUAAAAAGUCUCCAUGUAAUUAUUUGCAGGCUGGCAGUCCCAACAAAAAAGUACCACUACAUUUAUCACUCCAACAUGGGGCAUGACCACACAGACAGAGAAGUCACGCCAGCAGGCACCACUGCAGUCGCCACCUGGGCCUCUCUGUGAGCACUCACAACAGUUGGUUGCCACUCAUGGGGACUCAGGAAAGUGGGCUCAGCAACUUCCCAGAACUUUGGUGGUAAAUGUGGCUCCUGCUGGUACCCACUUGCAUGAGACUAGGCUCCUAGGGAACUGAGGGGAGUGAAGCCAGCUACCAGAGGUGCACAGUGGAAGCCCUAGCUGCCACCUAACAGUUUAAGAUUUGUCUCAUGUGGUCAAAAAAUGUGUCAGGCACUUACUAAAGCCAGGUCCAGACAUAGAAAUCCUCUAAAAAGGUACAGUAUACUUAAAAAAGGUACUUAGGUGCUGAAGAAAGAAAAGAAAAUGGGUAUAAACAGUCAUAAAAAAUAAAUAUUUUAAAAAUAAAAAAGUAAAGUCUUUAAAGAGAGAGUAAAGUAAUAUAUGUAAAAAAAAAGCCACAUAAGGAUGGGAAAUACCAUAACAUAGGGCAUGUGGAUCAUAUACAGUGCUUUGUUAACUUUAAAUAUUUUAAAUGCUAAUAAGCAAAAAAGACAGCUACUGAGAGACAUUGGAUUGUGAAAAGAGCUGCCAAAUUAAACCAGCCUGUAUAUUUUGGGGAUGUUUUAACUUUAAUAUGGAGGUCAGAAAAUACGUUGUGUUGGGGGAGAGGUUUUGCUUUUGUUUUCACAGGAAACAAAAAGCUAUGGAUUUCUUCAAAGUUAAUAAAGAUCCGAUUUGAUUAGGAAAGACCUUCUGAGGAUCUUAGCUGCAGACAUAAGGGAGGAAGGCAGAAAAGACUAUAGGACAGGUGACAUGUAUGCUGAUCUCUGCAUGGGAAUAGCUCUGAGACUGGAUGAGACAUGAUAAAUCUUGUUAGCUACAGAGUCCUCAUGACUUAUUAUUACAUGCCACUCUUUCAAAUGGCAUGGAUAGAGAGUUAUAUUACAGUUUGGUUAUGCAGUUGAAAUGGACUUAUAAAGUUGACAGAUGCCUUUUACCUGCCCAAACAUAGAACAAAAAAUCAUCUUUAGCUGACUUGUACACACUGCUCAUUCUAUACUUGUGUUAAUACAGAUAUAUAUGUUACCUUUAAAAGUUUGUGUAUUUUCAGAAAAAGAAAUGACCAGACACCAAUAAAGACAAAUAGCCCAGGUGAUCCAGCCCCUUAGAAUGUCUCUGUUGAAGUUUCCUCAAAAUUCUGCAUCUAGAACAACUUCAAAGCUGCUAGCUGGGAGGGUUCAGCCUCACAGACUACUCUAGCUAGGACUUCAGAUAAGCCCUGUACUUUUUCAUUGCACAGAGACUGCACAACAAAUGUUACAUCUAGUUUUCCCAGGACUUGACCAUUAUCUCAAUUUUCUCAGGGUUCCCUAAAGAUGCCAAUGCCCCCAGGCAACAGGAAGUAAUUUAAAGAACAUGAUGCCCACAUUCCCAAGAGGUGGGAUAGGUGGGUUUGGUCAUUCUGUGGGUUAUGGAUGUUUGUCAUCAUUUAGGGGGGUUGGUUGCAAAUUGUUACUGGUCAUGGUAAGAGAGUAAACUAAGCAAGGAAGGUUAGAUUCCUUUUUUUUUUUUUAUUUUUGAGACAGGGUUUCUCUGUGUAGCUUUGGAGCCUGUCCUAGAACUCACUCUGUAGAACAGUUUGGCCUCGAACUCACAGAGAUUUGCCUGCCUCUGCCUCCCAAAUGCUGGAAUUAAAGGUGUGCACCACCUCCACCCAAUGAAGAGGUUAGAUUCAAUGAUCUCUUUCAGAAAAAAAAUGGGGAUAUAGAAAUUAUAGAAUUAAAGGGUAGAUUAUUGAAUCUACUUUUAAACUAAAAAAAAAGCAACUGUUAAUUUGAAAUAUUUUAUAUUGGUAUAAAUUUUUGUGUAUUUAUGCAAAUUUAAGGGUGUUAGAACACAUUCUAUAUAUAUGUUUCUUCUCUUGUUUAAGGUAUUGUACCUAUACAGCUCAUUUAAAAAUGUGAUGUAAAGUUCUAGUCUUUGGAAGCUAUUUAGGAUAAUAAAGAAACAUAGGGGCUGGAGAGAUGGCUCAGAGGUUCAGAGCACUGACUGCUUUUCCAGAGGUCCUGAGUUCAAUUCCCAGCAACCACAUGGUGGCUCACAACCACCUGUAAUGAGAUCUGGUGCCCUCUUCUGGCCUACAGUCAUAUAUGCUGUAUACAUAAUAAAUAAAUAAAUAUUUAAAAAAAAGAAACAUAGGUUAGUAGUUAGUCAUCCAUAACAAUCAAACUUAUAGUUAUGUUAGGCAUGCUUUCAAGGUCAAACAGAUAUAUUUUACAUAGAUAGAUGGUCUUCAAACCUACAGAAUAUAGCAUUUAAGAUGUUUUAAUAACAUAAGGCUUUUCAUGACAAUGAGACACUGCUCCUGGCAGCACCAAUUUACUUCAAAAAAUGGAUGAUGGACAUUGAAGAAAUUCUGUAUGGAAUUUGCUUUCUUUGUGACAAAGUUAGUCACUGGGCAAGAAACUGCCCUUGCCUUGACUGCUGACAGUAUGCUGUCCAAAUUCAACAAGCAAGACACAAAAGAAGGCAACUGCCAAACUUUGCCAAGACAAGGUAGGACAGUUCUUCAAAAUUCCUGCUUCAUAGAAAAGUCUGUCAGAUAUUUGAUGCCUUUAGGUCGAAGAUGGAUGCCCCAAUGUUGCAGAGGAAACUUGAAUGACUGUCUAGGCAGCCAACUGUUUCUGUCAUUUUUUACAAUUUUUGGAAGUCAUUUGUUUGCACUUCCUGUUUACUCAGGUAAUAUUAUAUCCUUCUCAGGUCUCUGAUGGUGUUGAAGAUGAGAUAGUUAUAGUUAUAGCUUUCCUUGUUAACCAAAUUCAGAAAAAAAAACUCACAAGAGAUGUAAAGUGUAUAAGAUUGAGAGACAUGCCGGGUGGUGGUGACACACUCCUUUAAUCCCAGCACAUGGGAGGCAGAGCCAGGCAGAUCUCUAUGAGUUCGAGGCCAGCCUGGGCUACAGAGCAAGAUCCAGGACAGGCUCCAAAGCUACACAGAGAAACCCUGUCUUGAAAAACAAAAACAAACAAACAAAAAAAGAUUGAGAGACAUAAAAGCUAAAGUUGUUUAAGAAAAUGUUAUAAUGUCUAAAAGGAUAUUUUAAGGCUGGUAAUAUAAGAUAUGAUAGAACGUGAAUUAGAUACAAAACUUUGGACUCACCAAGAUAGGAUAGAUAAUGGAGUAUUUUCUUUGAAUUUGCCAAAUGCAAAUGGACUGGACAUUGUGAAUGUAAUUCUUACCUGAUAAUUGUUCUUAUUGUAUAUAGUUUUACUAUGUUAGAGUUAAAACCUUUCCUUUUUAUUUAGACAAAGGGGGAAUGUUGUGGGAUAUUUGUACACUGUGUGAAAAUGUGUUGCUGUUAUUGGUGUAAUAAAAAGCUGAACAGCUAAUAGCUAGGCAGGAGAUAUAGGAGGGACUUCCAGGCAGAGAGAGAACUCUGGAAAGAAGAAAGGUGGAGUUGCCAGCAGACACAGAGAGGAAACAGGAAGUGCAAGAUGAAAGAGAGAUAACACCAUGUGACAGAAUGAAGACUAAUAUAAAUGGGUUAAUUUAAGUUGUAAGAGUUAGUUGAGACAAGCCUAAGCUAAAGGCCACCCUGUCAUAAUUAAUAAUAAGUUUCUGGGUCAUUAUUUGUGGGCUGGCGGUCCAAAGAUAGUCCAACAAAAAAGCUUGCUAAGAGCUCAGCACAGAUUUAUUAAAGAAAAGUGAAAAAGAACUCCCAAGGGUGGGAGGGGAUACAAUGGAGAAUACUCUGUUUGGGGUUUUUGAGACAGGAUCUUGCUAUGUAGCCUUGGCUGGCCUUGAACUCAUGGCAUUCCUCUUGCCUCAGUCUCCAACGUGCUGGAAUCACAAGUGUGUGCCACCAUAUCUGGGUAUGUGUUUCUUUCGAAGUAAUUAUAGAUUCAGUUGCAGUGUGUGGUUUACUCAGUUUCUCCUAGUAGUAAUCCUGUGAAACCUUUGUCGAUCAUUUCUUGGAUUCUCACAUACAGAACAUUUCCAUGGCCACAAGGAUCUCUCCUUUUUUUUCCCAUGCUGGGGGAAGGAAUCUAUGUGAAGUUUAUGCAAAUACUCUAUUACUGAACUGCACUUGUGUCUCUUAUUUUAUCUUUGAAAGCCAAGACCACUGGGUGGUGGUGGUGCACACCUAUAAUCCUAGCUCUCGGGAGGCAGAGGCAGGUGGAUCUCCAUGAGUUUGUGGCCAUCCUGGUCUACAAAGUGAGUUCCAGGACAGGCACAGCGGGUACACAGAGAAACCCUGUCUUGAGAAACUAAAAAAAGAAAAAAAAGGGUGUAUAUAUGUGUGUGUGUGUGUAUAUAUAUAUAUAUAUAUAUAUAUAUACAAUAAAAUAUUUAUCUAUUUAUUUUAAAAAAAGCCAAGACUACUUCCUUUCUGUCUCUUAACCCCUGACAACCAUUAAUAUGUUCUCUAAUACAGUACAGAUGCAUUUUUUCAAGAAUGUUAUAUAAUCAGAUCAUGCACUAUGUGCUUUUUGGGGAUUCACUCUUUUCGCUCUGAAUAAUUCUCUAUAACUUCAUACAGAUUGCUGUAUGUGACACAGUAGAUUGUUCAUUCUUUUUUUUUUUUUUUUUUGGUUUUUCAAGACAGGGUUUCUCUGUGUAGCUUUGCACCUUUCCUGGAUCUCAUUCUGUAGACCAGGCUGGCCUCCAACUCACAAAGGCAUGCGCUACCGCCACUGGGUGUUCAUUCUUAUUCCAUGGUGUGGAUAGAACACAUUUGAGCCAUUCAUUGGUUAAAGAACAUCUUAGUUGUUUCUGUUGUACACUGCAAGGGAACAGUAGACUACUUGAGCUAGAGUACCGAGGAGACAUAAAAGGAAUAUACCAGCCAGGCGGUGAUGGCGCACCCCUUUAAUCCCAGCACUCGGGAGGCAGAGCCAGGCGGAUCUCUGUGAGUUUGAGGCCAGCCUGGGCUACAGAGUGAGUUCCAGGGAAGGCGAAAAGAUACACAGAGAAACCCUGUCUCGAAAAACCAAAAGAAAAAGAAAAAAAGAAAAAAGGAAUAUACCUAUUAUUUGCAGUAAAGUGGGUGGAACUGAAGGACAUUAUGUUAAGUAAAUAAGCCAGAUGUAGGAAUUCUACAUAUUCUCUUACAUGUGGAUGUUAUAAAGGUUAAUUGGAAUGUACAAUAAUGAUUAAUAGAGGCUGGGAAAGGUAGAGAGAAGAGUAUGUACAAUGGAAGAUAACAUAGCCAGUACCCAAACACAAUUAGAUGGUAAUCUUUCUUUAAAAUUUUUUUGCAGUUCUCAAACUUAAUAUUUAGCUGAGGACAACUUUGGACUUCUAAUUUUCUUGUCUCUGCCUCCCGAGGAUUACAGAUAUGUUAGGAUUACAGAUAUGCAUCACCACACCUAGUUUUAUGGAGCACUGGGGAUAGAACCCAUGGCUUUGUGCAUUUAAACAAGCCACAUCCUAGACCCAUAGCAUACUUUUCUUGUCAUACUGUAGUGUAUGUAGUUUGAUGAAUUCACAUUCUGUGUUCAAACCUUCCUGUCUUGUGAUCUAACUCCAUAGUCCCCAGGGUAUUAUUAUUGUUUUGAGAUAGGGUCUCUAUGUAGUUGAGACUGGCCUUGAACUCUUGAUCCUUUUGCUUCUACCUUACAAGUGGUGGAAUUUAGUCUAAUAAUUAGUAAGUUAACAUGGUGCCAGAGCUUUUCAGGGUUCCUCUCUAUUGUACAGUAUCAAGUAAGACAUGGACCAAGGUAUCCAGCAUGGCUCUUUCCAUUCAGCUCCCAGUGGGGCUGCACUGAGAAGAUUAGUACCUAUGUGUUCUCCAUAACAUGCCCCUGCUCUGAUCACUGUAGACUGUCAUUACAGGGAUCUGUGUCAUUUGAGGAUGUGGCUGUGGAUUUUACCCAACAAGAGUGGCACAGACUGGACUCUACCCAGAGGAACAUGCACAAGGAUGUGAUGCUGGAGACCUACAGUCACUUGGCAUCUGUGGAUGCCCUAAAAGCUCAAACUUCUUGGCCCAUGUCCUGUGCCAUUUCCCAUUAACAGGCCUCUGCGUGGCCAAACCAGACAUGAUCUUUAAGUUGGAGAGGGGAGAAGAACUGUGGAUAUUAGAAGAGGAAUCUUCAGGCCGUGAUUACUCAGGACCUCUGUCUCUGCUAUGUGGCAACAGUUCAAUUGGGGGUAAUGCCCUUGUGCUGGAGAACAACAUUUUUCAGUAUCAGAGUAUUCAAACUUUGAAUCAAAAUGUUGAUUAUAACAGAUGUGAGGAAGACUUCCAUGAAGAAAUAGGUUUUGUUCAACAUAAAAGGACUCAUACCAGAGAUAAAAACUUUGAAUGUCAUGAAUGUGGAAAAGUAUACUGCAGGAAAUCUAACCUUGUUGAACAUCUGAGAACACAUACAGGGGAGAGGCCCUAUGAGUGUGGUGAAUGUACAAAGACUUUCAGUGCAAGGUCAUACCUCAUUGCUCAUCAGAAAACUCACACGGGAGAAAAGCCCUUUGAAUGUCAUGAAUGUAGAAAAUCUUUUGGCAGGAAGUCACAACUCAUUCUACAUUGCAGAACACACACAGGAGAGAGACCCUAUGAAUGUACUGAAUGUGGGAAAACCUUUUCUGAGAAGGCAACCCUCACAAUCCACCAGAGAACCCACACUGGUGAGAGGCCUUAUAAAUGCAAUGAGUGUGGUAAGACAUUUCGUGUCAAGAUAUCUCUCACCCAGCACCUGAGAACUCACACAGGGGAGAAACCCUAUGAAUGUGGGGACUGUGGGAAAAACUUCCGAGCAAAGAAAUCCCUAAACCAACAUCAAAGAAUUCACACAGGUGAGAAACCCUAUGAGUGUGGACAAUGUGGGAAAUUCUUCCGAAUGAAAAUGACUCUAAAUAAUCAUCAAAGAACUCACACAGGUGAAAAACCCUAUCAUUGUAAUGAAUGUGGGAAAGCCUUCAGGGUACACUCAUCUCUGGGAAUCCAUCAGAGAAUCCAUACCGGAGAGAAGCCCUAUGAAUGUAAUAAAUGUGGAAAUGCUUUCUAUGUGAAAGCUCGUCUCAUUGAGCAUCAGCGUAUUCAUUCAGGAGAGAAACCAUAUGAAUGUGGUGACUGUGGGAAGAUCUUUAGCAUGAAGAAAUCCCUUCGUCAGCACAAGAGGACUCACACUGGUGAGAAGCCUUAUGAAUGUAGUGAGUGUGGAAAUGCUUUUUAUGUGAAAGUGCGCCUCAUUGAGCAUCAGAGAAUUCACACAGGAGAGAGGCCUUUUGAAUGUCAGGAAUGUGGAAAGGGCUUCUGUCGGAAAGCCCACCUCACAGAACAUCAGAGAACUCACUUGGGCCGAUCCUUGCUUUGUGCAUUGGAGAAAGCUUCUCUUUGAAGAGUCCCUCACUCCCAACACUGGAUCAAGCCCCUAGGGGCAUCUAAUCAAGCAGAACAUGCAAAGCACAUUUGCCACUGUGUGGUACUUAGACUGGUAUAAAAAUUUGUCUGAUCCCUUUAGAGAAUAGCUCAUUAUUGCUUGCUUUUUUUUUUUGAGACACUUUGUAGCCCAAGCUGGCCUUGAACUUUUGCCAUAGUCUUCUGAGUGCUUUGACAACAGGUAGGCAAAACAGUCUGUCUGGCUUUUUUUCAUUUGUAUUUCUCAAUUUAGUGAUGAAGUUGAACAUAUUGUGUGAUGAUUAGCCAUUUAAAUAUUUUUUUAAAUCUGUACUGAUUGCUUAUAUCCUUUGUUCACUGUUUCCUAAUGAGAACUUUAUCUUUUACUCUCUGGUUUAAAUGUUGUUGUUGGUGUUGUUUAACAUGUAAGCAUAUAAAGUCCUCAUUCAUGUGUUAAAAUAUCUUCUCUCAGAUUACUCAGCUGGUUUUUCAAUUUUGUUAACUCUUUUCUUGCACUAAAGUUUUAUGUUUAAGCUAUUGUCUGUUUUAAGGUGGUAAUAUUUAUGUAUACUUCCUCAAACAUUUAAAAUUUGAAUCUACUGUGAGAUUUUUUUGAUAUAGUAUGGAGCCUGCAAUGUAUAAUACUAUAUUGUCUUGUUAAUUUUUUACAGAAAUGGUGUCACAUUGUAGUUAAAUGCUUAGCAGUUGGCUUGUUUUCAAUUGACAUUACCUUCCUAAGAUCUGUCCCUGUUGGUAACUUUAGGUCUUGUGCCAGUUAUUAAGCUAUUCUGUUCUUACUGUAAGUCCACCGUUCUAGAAUGUGCUUUGUUACUCUGAAACAUAUUCUGCCUUGUCAGCUGCUACCUGUUGGAACUUGGCUAAAAAGAUUCUGGAUACAGCCAGGCUGUGGUGGCACAUGCCUUUAACCCCAGCACUCAGGAGGCAGUAGAUCUCUGAGUUUGAGGCCAUGCUGGUCUACAAAGCCUAGGACAGCCAGGGCUACAUGAAGAAACCCUGUCUUGGAUAAAAAAAAAGGAAAAAGGAAAAAAAAGAUACUAGAUAUAUACUUUGGGCUAAAGACAAAGGGACUUGAUCUUUUCCCCUUCCCAUGAGCUCCUUGUUCAUCCAAAUGUUUUCCCAGAAUCUCUUCUACACAGGGACAGAGGAGUUCCUGUUGGCAGUACAUCGGAUGCUCAACUCUGAAAGAACCAGCCUUGUGGUAUUGCAUCUUCUUGAGAUAAGCAUCAGCUGGAUGAUGUCACCACCUUAAACUGUGAGCCCUAGCUAUGUAGGACCCCUCCCAUACCCUUCUAAUUAUUAUUUUUAAUUAAAGAUAGGGUCUCAUUUUAUAGCACAGGCUGGCUUAGAACUCAGGAUCAUCCUGUAGCUAUCUCCCUUCCAAGUCUUGGUAUCACAAGCAUGUUCCUUCUACUUUUAAAUAAUUCUGAUUUCAUCCUUUGUUACUGAUAAUGGAUGCUAGGCAGAAAGAGAAAGGAUCCUCUGCAGCAUCUACUUCCGGGAACCAUUUCAGACAUAAGAACAUGUUAGCUGCCUCUGAUAAAAAUGGCCUGGUCAGUGGUCAAUAAUAGCCUGAUAGAUAAGGAAUCUAAAGCAUUUGUUGUUUUGAGACAGGGUCUCACUAUGUAGCUCUGGCUGGUCUGGAACUCAUGAUAUAGACCAGGCUGUACUUAAGCUCAGAGACUAUAAUAGAAAAAUCUCUAAGGUAUUUGUCAUUAAUUUUCAGGCAUUGGCUUUCCAUGUUUAUAAAAAAAAAUCAACUAGCACUGGCCUUUCAAUGAGGGAUAACAGUCCAUAAGCUGCUUGUAAUGAAUUGCAAUGUUAAAGAUGAACCAGUGACAGGCAGGGGCUCUAAACUGUUCCAAAGCUAAUGAAAUCAAAGUGUAAUCAGACAGCAAUAGAUAUUAGUUAUUGCUUCUUUGGCCCAAACUAACAAAACUAGAAGGUAAACUGGCAAAAUACAUGUAGUUAUUAUUAUUAUUUUAGAAAUACCGUGAAUUCUAGGUCACCCAAAGCAACUCUUAGCUGACUAUAAGGUUAACCCAAGUGAUAUUAAGGUUAAACAUUUCCUCCAUGGUUGGCCCCAAAGGGUAGAGCUCUGCCUUCAUGCCCAAGGCUCAUGUCACCUUGAAAAGAUGACUGUUUUGUGCCCCUUCAAUAAAAACUACAAAGAACAAAGGGUUGCUGGGCAGUUUGGCCCUUCAAUUUGCUGCCUUGGUUUCCAUGUAUUUAAAAAGACAUUAGAGACUGGUAAAGGAAAUGGAUUUAUUAAAUGUUUGAGCAAAUCCCAUAGCAAGAAAGACUCCUAGUUUCCUUCCACCCUUCCUGUAGCAUCACUGUAGUUUUGUAGAAGAAAUGAAAGAAAAGCCAGAAACUGCGUAUGUUAACCGAGAUAAGCUGUCAAAACAAUAGGAAAUCUCUUCCCCAAAGCCAGGUUCCUUCUCUGGUGUUUGCACACCAGUGCCUUUUAGUUUUUCCCCUUCUCUCAGCAUGGGGUUCUUAGGGGUCCGUUGUUUUAGGAUCCUUGUUUUCAAAGCAGAAGGGAAGGGCCCAAAUCUCUAACAUAUUCUCUUCCGGGGCUUCAACCUAGGGUAAUGUUGUACCUGAGCCUGGUCACCCUCUUUGUGCUUGGCAGUGUGUUCCCCUUGUGCUCUGUUGAAAGUGUAGCUUUCUCCUUUCCCUCUUUCAGUCUCCUGUCAGCUGCUGAGAUCUCCAGCUUGUUUGCUGUGUUUUUUUCUCAGACUCCAAUAAAUUGUCCUUGAGCUCUUUCUGUGUCUUUUAAAAUUCUUUUAUUUAUGAGAUCACGAACCUACAAAGGGAACUCUGUACCACUCAUCCCCAUGACAUUACUACCUUGCCCCGUGGCUUUCUGCAGUUGCUACUUCCCUGAUAUCCUAAAUGUUCUCAUGUGUUUGUGUGGCUAACAAUUUCAUAGCCAGUAAAUUAUUUGAAGUAGGUUCUCUGUGUUAAAACAACUGAUAUGUUUCCUGCUUGGGCUCUAAUUGAUGCAGAAGGUUUUCAGCUUUAUUAAUUAUUGGACUUUUCUUGCCUUAAGUUGUAUACAUUACAAUGUAAAGGGCAGUGUGAGAAAGUUUCCAUUUUCCACAGCCAUCAUUACUUAUUAUCAGUCCUCUAAAUUUUUAACAAGUUUGUUCAUUUACAUGUCUAUGUAUAAAUGUGCAUAGAUAUUUCAAAAUAGAACGAUGUAAUAUGGUAUCUGUGUGCACAAACCAUUUUUAAAAUUUGUGUGUGUGUGUGUGUGUGUGUGUGUGUGUGUUUAUGGGUGAGUGGGUACAUGUGCUAUAAAACUCACAUGGAGAUCAGGACAACUUUGUAGAGUCUGUUUUCUUCUUCCACUUGUAUGUGGAUUCUGGGAAUUAGACUCAGGCUUCCAGGCUUGUACAGCAAAUGCUUUUACCUGCUGAUCCACCUCACUGACCCAUAAAACCAUUUUUAUGUGAGCAAUAUUCCUUUGGUUUUACAUACAUAAUCACUAUCUUAAUUCUCUUCAUUAUUUUCUACACUUAACCCAGGAUCAUUUUCCUCUUGAAAAAUUAUUAUACAGACUUUACUCUCAUACUGUCAUGAGUGCUACACCAGAAACAUAGACAUAUUUGUCUUUCUCCCCUGCCAGAAUUUGAGUAAUAAAUUCACAAGUUUUAUAUAUAUAUUGUUUUAAAGUCUCAUAAGUUAGCCAAAUAUACAUUUAAGAUGGCAUAUUUUUGCUGCAUAUGGAAAUUUAGUUGUCCAAAAUCCUAGUGGAACAAAAUUAUGUCAGGUGGGCUCAGUGGUCCGCAUCCAUAAUAACUGGAUGUCAUAAUCAUGAUUUUUUUCUUUCUUUUUUGUUAUGUUUUUUCAAGAUAGGGUUUCUCUGUGUAACAGCUUUGGCUGUCCUAGAAUUUGCUUUGUAGACCAGGUUGGCCUCCCGAAUGCUGGGAUUACAGGCUUGCAUCACCACUGCCUGGCUAAUCAUGAUUUCUAAUCUUGACACAGCAUUAGGUAUUGAGUAAUGCAGGUUUUGCUAGGUAUGGGCAUAAUCUUUAAUUUUUUACUGCCUGUUCCUGCUCUUUUCCUCAGAGAAUGCCCUGUGACUUCCUUAUAAUUUUAUGUAUAGGUCUUAGUAUGAUAGUUCAAUGAGCUAUGUGUUGUUUUCAGUUCUCAAAUAGAAAUAGUCCUAUGAAUUUUGGUGCUUUCUGUUUAGAUACAGGAGCCCUGAUUGUUCCUGUUUUGUCUUUUGCUAUCCUUGGUAUCUGUCUGUCACAUACCACCCCCCAAAUGUCAAGAAGUAUCUAGUUCACUUUUCUUUUUAUUCCAAAUAUUUUCAUAUUAUCUUCUCAUAUUAUAUCUCAAUCUAGAUCUGUCCAUUUCAGUAUUCCCAAACCUUGUGCAGCUUCUUACAUUCCAGCUUGAUGCUAUUGAGUCCUAUAGGGACAGGACUCUUUAUGAGUGGUUAGUUGUGAGCCUUAGUAGCUACCUCAUGGUUUAAAUUUGGAUUUUCUUCAAAGGAAGUAAUCUGAUUAAUUAAAAUUUGUUUUUUGGGUUUUUUUGUUUGUUUUUGUUUUUGUUUUUCAAGACAGGGUUUCUCUGUAUAGCUUUGUGCCUUUCCUGGAACUCACUCUGUAGCCUAGGCUGGCCUUGAACUCACAGAGAUCCGCCUGUCUCUGCCUCCCGAGUGCUGGGAUUAAAGGUGUGCACCACCACCAACCAGCUUAAAAUUUGUUUUUAAUUUUAUGUGUAUCAGUGUUUUGCUUGCAUGUGUGCCUGUGCAUCACAUGGCUGCAUGCUACUUACAGAGGCCAGAAGAAGGCAUCACAUCCCUUGGGACUGGAGUUACAGACAGUUGUGAGCUACUAUGUGAGUGCAAGGGAGGAAGUGUGUCACUGGGGGUUGAGCUUUGAGGUUUCCUAUGCUCAGGAUAGUGUCUCAGUCAACUUUCUGUUGCUUGCAAGAUAUAAGCCUCUAAGAUACUACAGCACCACAUCUGCCUGCAUGCUGCCAUGCUCCUCGUCAUGAUGAUAAUGGACUGAACCCCUGAACUGUAAGCAAGCCACUCAAAUUAAAUACUUUCCAUUAUAAGAGUUGCUGUGGUCAUAGUGUCAUUUCACAGCAAUAGAAACCCUAAGACACUCAGCCAAAGACUCACUGCAUUGUGAGUAGGCUCUGCAGCUCUUCUGGCCCCAAGGUCUUGUAGGUGAUCCAAGUUGAGUUGCUGUACUUAAAAGGAGCCGAGUUGCUAAGUUCCCCUGAAGGAGAAAAAGAAGGGGAAGGGUGUUUGAUGCAGAAGUACAGAGAACCCAGUUUUGUGUUUUAAAGACUUGAUCUUUGAAGGGAAUUAGGGUUCUUGUCUGAUCUUCUCUCCUUGGCUUUCUUCUCUGAGUUAUAGUACCAGCCAUUGUCAUUGAUGUUAUCUUGUCUUCUUGGUCACUCUCAGAUGUGUUCAUAUUGUUGCUAUUGGCAAUCUGAUGGUUGGUGUUUUGGUUGCUGUCAUGACAUUCCCAGGCACUUCUCUAGGUGUGUGUGGGGUGGGGGCAAAGCCGGAAGCAGCAAUACUGCGGCUACAAUUGGGGCAAACACACUCCUUGCUCUUUUACUGCUUGAAAACCUGUCCAAAAUGUCUAAACUAGGCUGGUCCAUGAUCUCAAAAUCCUUCAUGCUCUCAGGAUCCACAUCAUCCAGAAAGAAGUAGCCACAUUUGACAGCCUGGUGUGCCUCAAAGCAGAAUCCUAAACAAGAAUCCUCAACCAGGUCCGCAUAUUAUCUCCUGAGCCUCUAGUCUGUUGUUAUCUAGGCCGGACAAAGACAUUUUCUUAGUUUUCAUUU